AUGAUGGUAGGUAAGAAUACAUCUCGAGAUGUGUGGCUUUCACUGGAAUCUAAUUUCUCAAGCCUCUCUAAGGCCAGGCUAAUGCAUCAUAAACUCCAGUUGCAAACAUUGAAGAAGGGAUCUAGCACCAUGAGGGAAUUUCUUGGCAAAGUCAAAGCAUGUUGUGACUCUCUAGGGGUGGCUGGUGAACCUGUCUCUGAGCAGAACCACAUUCUCUAUAUUCUUGCAGGCCUAGGAAGUGAAUACAAUCCAGUUGUAGUGGCAGUUACCUCAAGAGUAGAGCCCUACACCUUGAAUGAACUCUAUGCCAUGUUGCUUAGUCUUGAGUCAAGACUUGAUGUCACUACACAGUCCAUUGUGAACUCAGAUGGUUCUAUUCCCAGUGUGAAUGUGGCCUCUCAUAACCCCUCUGCUCAGAAACCACCCACUCAAUUUUCUAAUUUCUCACACUUAAGAGGAUUUCCUUCAUCUCAGAGGGGCAGGGGCAGAUCAAAUAAUUAUAGAGGAAGAGGUGGUAGAGGUUUUAGGAACAACAACAGACCAUCUUGUCAACUUUGUGGUCUCAACAAUCACACUGCAGAUAGAUGUUACCACAGAUAUGACUCCUCUUACCCACCACCUACCACUAUGUAA